AUGGCUGGUAUGGCAGGGAGUAAGGAAUAUCGGGACGCACCGACCGCCCUAAAUCGGGUCCCUUACUCCCUUACUCUUAUUAUACCAUCACCAACAGCCUAUCCUAGUCCACUGCUGAACAUAGGCUUCUCCAGUUGCAUGCCACUCAGAUCGAUUUUGGGCUAUUCACAUCCAGCUCUUUGUGCAAAUCAUCACCCCAUCGUGCCUGAGGACAAUCGCGGUAAGGAAGAAUGUAAGAUGGCUAUAAACUUGGACAAACAUAGAGAAGCUCUCAUCGCAGCCUGGAAGGACGUACUAGAUGAGAAAAGUGAAACCAAUUGGGCUUUAUUUGGAUAUGAUGGCCUAACGAAUGAUUUAAAAUUCGUUGGCAAAGGUGACGGCGGUCUUACUGAAUUGACUGACGACUUUAACAGUGGAAAAAUUCAAUAUGCAUUUUUGAAAGUAGAUUUACCUAAUGGCACCGUAUCUAAAUAUGUGCUUAUCAAUUGGCAGGGCGAGGGAGCACCAACAGUUCGAAAAGGCACUUGUGCAAACCACAUCAAGUAUGUUGCACAAUUCUUCACUGGUUUCCACCUCACAUUGCAUGCUAGAACAGAGGAUGAUCUCGACGAACGACUUAUAUUGGACAAGCUAGCUAAAACAGGCUCCUCGUUUAACUUUAAGACAAGUAAAGCUGAAGACUUGCCAUCUAGUGGGCCAGUCGGGACAGCCUACCACAAGGUUAAUCCUGUCCAAGAAAUCAAUUCGAAAGAAAGAGAUCAGUUUUGGUUGAAGGAGGAGCAGGAAGAGAAGAAACGCGUCGAAGCUGAGAGGAAGCGAAGGGAAGAGGAGAAGAGAAAAGCAGAAGAGGAUGUAAGAAGAAGAGACGAACGAGAAGCAGCUAGAAGAGCCAAAGCUGAACAGGACAAGGCGGUCGUACCAGAAGCGACGAGUCCUACAGGCCUAAGUGCGAGCGAAGCACUUCGCAGACAGCGAUCUGCGGAAGCUCGGCAACUCAUAGGCGCUUCUACUGCGGCCGCUCGAGCCAUGUUUCAACAGAACCUAGCCCAGGGCCAAAUAACUGGAUCCAAAACAACCUCGAACGUGCCAGAGAAACCGGUCCGCAGUUCAGUUAUCGCUCAACGCAUCAACACAUUCACUCAAGCUCAGAACCAAUCGCCUCAGCCCAAUUCCCCAAUCAAAUCGCCUGUUAAACUAGAACCUAAGCCUCUACAACAAGAAGAACCCGAAGAACAACCGAAGACUAGUCCACUGAAGAACAUAGACAAAAUCAAAUUGAGCCUAGAAAGCCCUUCGCAAAUACAGUACGAACCGAUCAUAGAUCCCAGCGCAGAUUUAAGUCCCAGCACGGAAACGGAGCCAAGUUCAUUUAGUGCCAUCAACUAUUCCGAGAGCAAACAAAAUGAUAACAACUAUAGGGAAAUCGAAACUGAUUUGAAACAAAGCGAACCGAUGAUCAAGCAGAACAUAUUGGAAAACGAUAUGUUCGACGCUUCGUAUUCGAGUUCUAACGAGAAUGAUGACGAUGAUAGUGAUAACAAGUUUAGUACUAUAAAGAGGUCUCCUUACAGCAAGAACAAUAUUGCCGAAGAAGGCAAAGAGCUGAGUAGACAGAAUACGGUUAUAGAAAAUGUUAAUUAUAAGAAGGAAAAUGGGAAUGCCACUUCGGAAGACGUCUCUCCCGAGGGUAUGGAGGAAGAAGGCAACAUAUAUGAGGACUUGGACGACGAUCCAGGUUUGACGGCGAGAGCGCUAUAUGAUUACCAAGCGGCGGACGAAUCAGAGAUAACUUUCGAUCCGGGCGACAUAAUCACACACAUCGAACAAAUCGACGCGGGAUGGUGGCAAGGGCUCGGCCCCCACGGUGUAUUCGGGCUGUUUCCCGCCAACUAUGUCGAAUUACUUCCGGCGCAUCCACGCUAA